CACUAACAUUCACUAAUACCAAUAAAACUGAUACGUUAAUACAGAUAAAAUAUAUACACAUAUAUAUAUAUAUCGUGUGAAAAAGUGUGGCGGUGAUCCCCUGUAGGCUGAUACAUUCUUAUGAUAUCGUAUACACACAAGAGAUCUUACCGAAAUUAAACGCAAACAUGUCAACUGGACCUCAACACAAGUAUCGUUACAAAAAUGUGGGCUUGGACUCACAGGAAUUACGUCGUCGUCGUGAGGAAGAAGGAGUACAACUUCGUAAACAAAAGCGAGAACAGCAAUUAUCUAAAAGACGUAAUGUCCCAGCAAUUGUUGCUGAUGAAGAAAAUAUUCCGGCCACUGAAGAGUAUCCUGUUCUGACACCUCUACCGCCAGCACAUCCGGUAAUUACUAAAGAGAUGGUAGAAGCUCUGUACAGUAAUAAUAUAGAAGAUCAGGUAUCAGCAACGCAGAAAUUCCGUAAACUUUUGUCUCGAGAACCAAAUCCUCCAAUAGACGAAGUCAUACAGACGGGUAUCGUUCCGCGAUUCGUUGAAUUUUUGAAAAACGAUUCAAACUGCACGUUGCAAUUCGAGGCAGCAUGGGCAUUGACGAAUAUUGCCAGUGGUACGUCACCACAGACGCAUAUGGUAAUUGAAGCUGGAGCAGUGCCGACCUUUAUCGGAUUAUUGAGCUCGAAUUACGAGGAUGUACAGGAACAGGCCGUCUGGGCUCUUGGCAAUAUCGCUGGUGACAGUCCAGAGUGUAGGGACCAUAUACUCAACAGCGGUAUACUUACACCAUUGCUUCAGUUACUUUCCAAGACCACGCGGCUCUCAAUGACACGCAACGCCGUCUGGGCGCUGUCAAAUCUCUGCCGUGGCAAGAGUCCAGCACCGGUGUUCCAAAAAGUAGCCCCAUGUUUGCCUGUACUGGCUCAUCUACUCAACCACACAGACUUUGAUGUCCUCGCUGACACUUGCUGGGCACUGUCGUACCUCAGCGAUGGCCCGAAUGAAAAAAUCCAGGCUGUCAUUGAUGCCGGAGUUUGUCGUCGGCUUGUUGAGCUUCUGAUGCACGAGCAGCACAAUGUUGUCAGCGCGGCACUGCGUGCUGUUGGAAAUAUUGUCACCGGUGAUGACAUCCAAACCCAAGUUGUUCUCAACUGCUCAGUGUUGCCAUGUUUGUUGCAUCUGCUUAACUCUUCGCGCGAGAGUGUGAGGAAAGAAGCUUGUUGGACCGUAUCCAAUAUCACUGCAGGAAAUCAUCAACAAAUUCAAGCUGUGAUUGAUGCUAAUAUCUUCCCUGUUUUGAUUGACAUACUCGGCAAAGCUGAAUUUAAAACUCGCAAAGAAGCCGCAUGGGCAAUAACAAAUGGAACGAGUGGCGGUACACCAGAACAGAUUCGUUACUUAGUUCUGCAGGGUUGUAUCCCACCGCUUUGUGAUUUGUUGACUGUCAUGGAUCCUAAGAUAGUCCAAGUUGCGUUGAACGGACUGGAAAAUAUACUGAGACUCGGUGAACAAGAUGCCAGUCUUCAUAAUGGUGUCAAUCCUUACACGGUGAUAAUUGAAGAAUGCUAUGGCCUAGAUAAAAUAGAAUUUUUGCAAUCACAUCAAAAUAUGGAGAUUUACAAAAAAGCUUUUGAUAUAAUUGAACUUUACUUCGGUUCUGAAGAGGAAGAUUCACGAUGUGCGCCAUCAGUUGACGCGCAAGGCCAACAAUUCCAAUUCAAUGCCGCUGAUUCAUCACAAUUGCCAGUUCAAAACUUCCAAUUUUAAUUUUGCAUGAGCAUGAUGAUUUACAAAAUCAUUUAAAUAUUAGUAAUAACAACAACAGCAACAACAUCAAUGAUAACAACAGCAACACGUGUUUACGAGUUACAGAGUUCAUCCAUUAAAAUAAUAUUCGACGAGUUUAAAAUCGUAUAAUAAAGACGAACGCUAACUUGGAUUUGAAAACGUGAUAAUUAUAUAUUUUACGGUGAUCAUUGUUUUCGUUGUUGAGUUUCUCAGCGUUGAAUUUUCACUCCAUUGAUGAGAAUUUAAAAAAAAAAGUUUACUAACAAAGAAAAAAAACAAGGAUGAGAGCCGUCAAUAGUACCCUAAAAAAAUAAUUUUAAUUUCAUUAAUUAAUAAUAUUUUUUUUUUCCAUCUGUUUCUUUUUAUUAUCACCUGUUUUCUUAUCGUCUUAGCCAAAAUAUAUAUUAUAUUUAAAUAGAAAUACACAAUAUUGGUAAACAUUUUUUAGACUUUCGAGAUCAGAUCAAAGUCCCAAUUAUUGACCACUAUCACAAGUAUGUCAGACAUUAUUAUUUAUUAAUUAUCAAUUUUUUUUAAACGCAUUCUUUUAUUCGGAGCCCGUAGUUAUUUAGUCAAUCAUUUUUGUCGUUGAUAAACAAAAUUUAUUAAUUCAUUAAAACAUUUAUAUGAUCACUCAAAUUUACAUCCAUAAUUUCUACGUCAUUACCCAAAAUUAAUUUUUUUUCAAUUUUUUAUCUGCAGUUUUUGUUGAAAAAUUUCGAGUCAAUAUUUAAAAAAUCUAGUAUCAAUAAUUGGGUCUUUGACCUUUUGAUAGAAAUUAUACUGUCAUAAAUAUUAUUUUAUAAAUUUUUUUUUGUCACUUUUAUCGGUACCGGAACUAAAAUCGAAAAUCAAUACUACACAAUUAGUUUAAGAUUUAAAACAAAAAUACUUAUAAAAACAAACAAAUACUUAACAAAAAAAAAAACUAUACUGUAAAAAAGACUCUGGACACAUGUAACUUGUGGGACAUGGACUGAUGAUGCGUAUUAACAAGUAAUUGGAAAUUAAAGGACUUCUUCAAUGACUUUUAGUAGGACGUACGUAUUAUUAUCAA